GACAAAUAUUUGGUAGUAAAAUCUCUUCUCACACUUGAGGUGUUGUUAUAGUCAAGCACACAAAUGUUAGAUUUUCUAUAAAUAAUUAAUUAUGGUUCACUAGAGUUAUGUCCCAAAUAUGAUCAGUGGAGCAGCUCAAGCAGAUGUUGGUGUUCUGGUUAUUUCUGCCCGUAAAGGGGAAUUUGAAACUGGAUAUGAGAGGGGUGGGCAAACCCGUGAACAUGUUCAGCUUGCAAAAACUUUGGGCUUAUCUAAGCUGUUCGUGGUUGUGAACAAAAUGGAUGAUCCUACUGUUAACUGGUCAAAAGAAAGAUAUGAUGAAAUUGAAUCUAAGAUGGUACCUUUUCUGAGGUCUUCAGGCUACAAUGUGAAAAAAGAUGUCCAGUUUCUACCUAUAUCUGGUCUUCUUGGUUCCAACAUGAAAAUGAGACUGGACGAGCAUAUGCCCCUGUUGGAAUGGGCCUGCCUCUUUGAAGUUCUUGAUGCAGUUGAAAUUCCUCCUAGAGAUCCAAAAGGUCCUUUUAGGAUGCCUAUAAUUGACAAAUUUAAAGACAUGGGAACUGUCGUAAUGGGAAAGGUUGAAUCUGGUACCAUGCGUAAGGGUGAUUCCUUAUUGGUCAUGCCAAACAAGUUCAAGAUGCAUGGAUGGCACGCUCAAGUGAAAGUUCUUGUCAUUUACUGUGAUGAAGAUAAGGCUAUACAUGCUGGACCUGGUGAAAAUCUGCAGGUUAAGUUAUCUGGAAUUGAAGAAGAGGACAUAUUAUCUGGUUUUGUCUUGUGUAGUGUUGCAAAACCAAUACCAACAGUCACUGAAUUUACAGCCCAGCUGCUGAUCCUUGAGUUGCUUGACAAUGCAAUAUUUACAGCUGGUUAUAAAGCUGUGUUGCACAUUCAUUCCGUUGUUGAGGAAUGUGAGAUUGUUGAGCUGCUACAACAAAUUGAUCCCAAGACAAGAAACCCAUGAAAAAGAAAGUUCUAUCCAUUAAGAAUGGUGCUGUUGUUGUUUGCUGCAUUCAGGUUUUCUUCUUGCCUUUUCGCUCUUUCUGAAAUUCCAAAGUGUCUAUUCUCCGACAUUUGAAAUUAUCUAGAAUUAUGAAUGUUUUCCAUUCAACAUGGUAUCAUCCUCCUGGUUGAUAAUUGUGGGACUGCUAGAAUUGCUAUGUGUAUGAAAGCUGUAGCAUUGCUCUGUUAUUUAUGCAGCUUCUAAGCUUUCAAAGGUCUGAAGUGGUUGGAAUCUCCAACCAAUAUUUCAUUUUGUCAAAUGGUUUUCACUGGCGGUUUAUUUUUAACAGGGAAAGAAGUUUUGCUUUGAAGUAGAGACUAGCACAAUUACAUUUGAAACAUUUCUCUGUGUUUGAAAUUUGGUUCAUGAAUUAUGUCCUUUUGGCAAUAUCAUCUCAGUUGAACAACUUGAUUUGUGCUUGAGAGAUUCUCAGAUUUUGCACAACUUGGAAGUUUACUCUUCGAACUGAAGUCAGUUGGAAAAUAUUUAGUUUUGGUUUGGGCAUUGUUUGCCAUGAAAGCAUUUAGUUUGUCAUUUAGGUUUUGGUACAAUAUUUAUGAGUGUAAAAACUUAUUUGCUGCCCUUUCAUCGUCUGGCAUCCUGGUAACAAAUUAAACUGGCCGAUAGAAUAUAAAGUGAUAGCCUUGCU